CUGAUAUCUCAAAAAGUAACCCGACUCUAAUUUGAUGUAGAUCAAUCGAACUCCUGUAUGAACAGGUGGCGACACAUGUGUGGUUUUGUAAUUACAAAGAUGGAUGCCUCCGUGAUGUUUCAUAUGGUUGGCUUAGCUUUGCUGUAUCUCCGGGUUUCUGCAGAGCAUCAUUUCACGUCGGAAGAGGCGCUAAAUUGGAUGGGCGAGUCCCACAGACAGUAUAUAACAAAACUUGAAGAGAGCUACUCCAUACAUGCUAGGGUUCGAACCAAAAGACAGGUUGAUGAAACCGAUGAGAAUAACAACACAGUAGUUACAUACGAUUUGUGUCAGGAAGACGUCAAGUGGGCAGAGCCUGGAUUUUAUGAGGGACAGAAACUUGGUGAAGUCUGGUUCAAUAGUAGGCUCCAGCAUACCAUUUGUGUGGGUAAGAAAUGCCGCAGGGCAAUCGGGACGUGUACGAAUGAGUUCCGUUGGCUUUGGGUCCCAGUUCUUCUAGUUGAUCGGUCGAGUUGGAAUGGCACGCAUCACACGUCAGUGCGCAACGAAUUCGACAAUAUCCGAGUACCUUCUGCAUGCACCUGUAGGGCAAGAUUCGAUCCUUUUACAGACUGUGAAACGUUCUAAAAUAUAGCUUUACUAUUGUAGGAGUACUUAGUGUUUUGGCUAUUAGUUUAUAAAUUACAUUUUGCAGUAAACCAUCGUGGAUGGCAAACAUGACCAAAGUUUCGGUUGUCGUGGUUUUAGUUAUGACCUCUGGUACAUGUACAUAAUACAUAAUAACAAGAAAAGUC